AUGUCGUCCUUCGACAAAACCAAAAUCGACUACUCGCUCUACCUCGUCACAGGCCGCGAACUUCUUCCACCCGGCGUCGACUACUAUGAAUCCCUCGACCGUUGUCUUUCCGCAGGCAACGUCACCGUUGUCCAAAUCCGCGAGAAAAAUGCAGAAACAAACGAGUUCCUCGAAAUCGCACAGAAAUCCCUUGCCAUAUGCGACAAGUACAACGUCCCCAUGCUGAUCAACGAUAAUCUUUCCGUCUGUCUCUCACUUCCUGAACGGGUUGGCCUCCACAUCGGUCAAGAGGACAUCCCGGCCACUGAUGCAAGGCGGAUCCUGGGCGAAAAGAGAUUGUUGGGUAUCUCGGUGAAGAACCUCGAACAGGCGAAGAAGGCGAAGGAGGAGGGUGCAGCUGACUACGCUGGCGUUGGGCCUUGUUAUGGGACGCAGAGUAAGGCGGGGAUCACAGAGGACAAGGUAAUCGGGUGUAGUGGUGCACAAGCGAUUGUAGAAGAGCUGAACAAGGGAGGGGGAAAGAGGAUGCCUUGCGUGCUCAUUGGGGGGUUGAAUCAGAAGACAGCUGCAAGAACGUUGUUUGGUGCUACGAGCGAGGUUAAUGCACCGGACGGAAUCGCUGUCAUUUCGGCGAUUGUUGGUCGUGCUGAUUCGGACAAGGCUGCUCAAGAACUCGCUGGUAUCGUACGAGCCUACAAAGCUGGCCUCAAAGCUUCUAUCGCUUCUUCGCCUGCUCAGGGUGUAACAUCAGCCUUCGCUCUCCCCUCUUCAACAAAGAAAGACGCAGAGUGGUACAAAACUCAUGCAGCCGAACUUCUCGCAUUCCAUCGAGAAGGAGUCCACGGCCCACCCCUGAUCCAAACCAUUACCUCGCACGUCUCAUCCACCAUGUCAGCCAACCUCGCGCUCGCCUUUUCCUCCUCCCCGAUUAUGUCGCACGAAGCAGAUGAAGCAGCCGACCUCUCCCUCGCUGUCGGCGCACUAGUCCUCAACAUCGGUACCAUCUCCCCGGCCUCUCGCGAAGGCAUGUACGUCGCCGGCACCUCAGCCAACCGUUACCUCAAACCCGUCGUUCUCGACCCCGUAGGUGGGGGCGCAACGCAGUUUCGCAAAGAUGUUGUACGCAGCAUUCUCAACCAUACCCAAGUUACCCUUCUCAAAGGAAACGCCGCUGAAUUGGCCAGUAUCGCAGGCAAAUCCGAUCAAGUUCAGAGCAGAGGUGUAGACUCUGGCGCUGGUCAACUCAAGGACCCCAUCGGGUUGCUAAAAGGAUUGGCGAGGAAGGAGAGAUGUUUGGUGCUGCUUUCAGGUAAGAAAGAUUACUUGACCGAUGGUGAGACGGUGAUUACGAGUGAUAAUGGACAUCCGUUGUUGGGUGCGAUUACUGGAAGUGGCUGCGCUUUGGGCGUUACUGUGGGUGCGGGGCUGGCGGCUGCUUUCAACCUUGCCAAGACCCAGCAGGAGAAAGUGGAGUCGUUGGGUAACACGUUGGUGGCUCACGGGAAGGUGGAUUUGUUGGUCGGAGCGCUAACCGGAUUGUUGGCUAUGACGAUCGCAAGUGAAAAAGCGGCAGUGAGGGAGGAUGUUAAGGGCCCGGGGACGUUUAUUCCUGCUUUACAGGAUGAGUUGGCGGCUGUUUCGGCAGAUGACAUCAAGAAGUUUGCCAAGAUUGAGGUGGUGUCGUCGUAA